GAGCCUCACAGCUGACUGCUGGCAGCUCUCGUUGUAGCCAGUAGCACGGUUUCCAGAGCAUCUCUGUGCAAUGGCUAUGGUGUCUCUGUUGGACUUUGAAGCUUAUGCAGAAAAAUAUUUACCUAAGAUUGCUUGGGAUUUCUUUGCAUCAGGAGCAGAUGAGAAUAGCACCCGAGAUGAAAACAUCCUGGCAUAUAAAAGGAUUCGUUUUCGGCCACGUAUGCUGAGAGAUGUGUCUAUACUGGACACUAGGACGAAAAUCCUGGGGAUGGAAAUCAGCUUUCCAGUAGGAAUCGCCCCGACUGGCUUCCACCAACUAGCAUGGCCUGAUGGAGAGAAAAGCACAGCCAGAGCGGCCAAAGCGAUGGGCACCUGUUACAUUGCCAGCACCUACUCUACCUGCUCGCUGGAAGAGAUCACUGCAGCUGCUCCUGGUGGCUUUCGGUGGUUCCAGCUCUACAUCCACCGCAACAGGGCAGUCUCUAGGCAAUUGGUCCAACAGGCAGAGGCCUUGGGCUUCCAGGGCCUCGUCCUCACUGUGGAUCUGCCCUACACUGGCAAAAGGCGCAAUGUUGUCCAUAAUGACUUCUGACUUCCUCCCCACAUGAAACUGAAGAACUUGGAGGGAGCCUUUGAGGGAAAUGACCGAUCUGAGUAUGGACUGCCACCCAACAGCCUGGAUCCUUCGGUCACCUGGGAUGAUAUCUACUGGCUGAGGAGCCUGACUCACCUGCCCAUUGUCAUCAAAGGGAUCUUGACUAAAGAAGAUGCAGAGCUCGCAGUGAGGCAUGGAGUUCAGGGAAUUAUCGUGUCCAACCAUGGCGGAAGGCAACUGGAUGGAGCACCUGCCACUAUAGAUGCUCUGGUUGAAGUUGUGGAGGCAGUACGAGGCAGAGUUGAAGUUUAUUUAGAUGGUGGUAUACGGAAAGGAAGCGACGUAUUGAAAGCACUGGCAUUGGGAGCAAAAUGUGUCUUUAUUGGAAGACCAGCUUUAUGGGGUCUGGCUUACAAGGGUGAAGAAGGUCUUCAAGAUGUUCUGAGGAUUCUGCAUGAUGAGUUUCAUUUGUCAAUGGCCUUAGCUGAAGCCAGAGGCAUUCCCUUGUAGAACUAAUAAGGCACAUGGAGUAAUUUAAGUAUUGCUGGGUUAUUCCAAGAUGCUGAGGAACUACUUGGUCUGUCAAGGAAAGUACAUCGUCAAAAGUGAAACUCAUAAAGAAAAGAUAAAUUGGUUACUAAUUAGUUUUAUUUCAGGGUGAUAUCUCUUGGCAAGUUGAUUUUGUGUACUGUUACAUUUUGUAUUUUGGUUAUAAUACUGCUAUGUUUUGUGUUAUAUUUAUUUGUUAUCGUUAAAUGUGUGAUUGAAAGAAACACUGCCAAGCACGUAUUAGUUCACUGUACGCUCGUCACAAUUUAAUAUCCUGAAACUGUGAUCCUGGAUAGGCUCCUCUAGUGUAUGUGACAUAUUCCCCUGGAAAUACCAGCUUAUUUAUAAAAAUACGUCCUUUUUUCCCAAAAUACCAGCUUUCUCACUGAUAGAUGUCAGUUUCCAACAAUGGUGAAACAUUGGCACAGCUCUGCUGGGUGCAGUGGUGACACAGCUCUGCUGGGAUUAGUGGUUACACAUGGGCAAAGGUCUGCUGGGUUUAAUGGUGACACGUUGGCACAGCUCUGCUGAUUUUAAUGGAGAAACAAUGGUACAGCUGUUCUGGUUUUAAUGUUGACACACUGGCAUAGUUCUGCUGGGUUUAACGGUGGCACAUUGCACAGCUGUCAUGGUUUUGUGAUUUUUUUUGUUUUCAGUAUUCCACAUCAUAACAUCAUGUGGGGCACUGGGACUUUAACU